GCGUGUCGCUUUUAUCGCGGCGAUUACGCAAUUUUUCUGAUGUGUAAACAAUGACAAGACUAAAUGUCUAUUCGUGAUCGUUUUGCACGGAACUUGGUAGGACUAUUUUGGCUUUUACUAGCUGUAGUCGUUGUAGAAAUUUUCCUUUUCGGCACUUGUUUAAUCUGGAACCUGCCAACGGCUUACCUUCCAGCACAAGUAUUACCCAAACUUGAGCAAACAUUGGCCGAUUCUAUGACACGUAGCGAGAACAUGCAUCGGACCGUUGUCGCAUCGCUCGCCUUGGUCUUCGGCGGGUUGAUCAGCCACGGUACCGCUCAGGCACCGAUUCCUCUUCGACCACCUGGCUUUUUCUACGGCACUGGAUCAUGUAAUGCUCCUAUACAAAUCGAAGCCUUUGUAGAUCUCAUAUGUCCAGACUGUAAGGCUGCUUGGAAAACAUAUCAGAGAGUUGCAGAUUACUAUGGACCAGACACAGUGAGAUUUUCAGCUUUGAUCUUUCCUCUACCCUAUCAUCGAGCUGCAAUGGCUGCUGCCCAGGGUGCCUUUGUAGCAGAUAUGCUUGAUCCAAACAAGACAUACAGCUGGUUUAACACAGUCUUUGACAAGCAAGCAGCACUCUAUGAUGGAAAUAUCUCAGAACAGCCUGAUACGUAUAUUAUAAAUACCCUUUCUGAGUGGGCAUCAGAUGUUGGUUAUUCUAAAGCUCAGUUUAAGAUGCAUCUAGCACGCAGUGAUCCAACCCAAUCAUUAGCUAGGAUAGAAUUCAAGUAUGGUGCAACACGUGGUGUUUACGGCACACCUCAGACCUUCAUCAAUGGUGCAGUUAUCUCCUCUCAGCCAAGCUGGACAUUGACGGACUGGAAGAAAAUUAUAGAUCCUCUCCUCGCAAAGAACAGAUAUAUCUUCAGACACAAUUAAGCAUUUUCCUGGAAUACACACAAAGGUCAGGGUAUUUUCAUGCAUACAUUGGGCUUUCUUCCAUCAUUAAAACAGACCCUUCCCCCCCAAAAAAAAAAGAAUAAAUGAUAAAUAAAUAAAUAAAAUAAGUCUUCCACUGUACUUUCACGGCACAUUUAAGAUUAGUACUGAUGCUAUAAAAAAAUUUGUCAACAUACUUUGAAGCUGUGCCAAAGAUGUACACUUGAAUAAUAGUUAAGAAAUAAAAACUUGUAAAAAGUCAUAGAAAGCACCUAGAGAUAUUGCUAUGGUCACUGAUGUAUGAAGCACUAUAUAGAUGUGAAAAAUUGUUCUUUUUCUCUAUUACUUUUUGAAAGAUAUAUCAAAACUUUAUGCAGAAAUGUCUUGUUAUUUUUUAGCAUAGCUGAUGAAGCAAAGGGCUCAACAGAUUCUAUUAUCUGAUAAUUAUGACAUGAUGAAUGAUUAUCAUGAUGGAAAUGGAUUUUUUGUGUGAAUAAUUGUCAGAUGAGCUGCUACUAGUCACUGUUUAAUUGUGAAAAUUUUUCUAGCAUUGCUUCCUUUUUGCUGAUUGCAAUGAUGAGCUGUUGUGUCAUAGAGUCAGUAGUCAGUCUCCCAUUCCCUUUUACCAUCAUGCCAGUGUCUAAUCCAGUGAUGUAGCAAGUAUAAAAAAUAACAUAAUCAUUAUUUUAGAUAGACUGGGUUGAUGUUGGAUAUGGUAUUUGUUAAUUUGGUCCAUGGAGAGAAAAAAGUUUGGUGAUUUCAAAUAAAAAUCACAAAAUUCACAAACUUCUUCAAUAACAUCGUUUUCCUGUUAUAUGUAUUCUAUAUCUUCAUCAUGUUACUCUCACUGCUUAAUUCUACUCUUCCCUUCAGCAUCAAUUGCAGGAAAUGGUAUCAAAACUUGAACCUUUGGCAUUAAAAAAAUCACUUUUAGCAGGAUACAGUAAUCAACCAAGGGAGGUUUAUUAUGUAGACUAAUGUGUUACUUUAUAGUGAUAUUGCCUAAUUUAGAGUUUUAAUUACCCUGGUAACAUAACCACAUCAAACUUAGUAAUUUAUUGUCACUGAGGAUUUCAAAAACUUUUACUGAUCUUAUUUUGGGGAGACAAAGAGUUAUGCUUGUAAUAUUGUUUAAAACACGAGAUUAUGACUCUCUUUUCUUUAACAUGAAUUCACUCUUGUAGAUGUGAACUUGUUAGUUUAGGCACCUUGUUUAUUCUAAGAGAUAGAAGAAAGCAUUUUUACAACAGCUGCUCUGCUUCUAAUUUGAUGUUGCGAUAUGUGUCAAAGUGUCUUAGGCACCAUAGUAUGAACAAGAUAAUAUUAUCACAAUGGUAAUAAUCAUAUUGUCACUUAUCAUAAGUGACGAAGAUCUGAUUAGAUUCAAUGGGUCAAAGGUCACAUAGGUCAUUGUCUUUCUGAAAAUUCAUGUUUCGCCUGAUGUUUUGCUUGUAAAUGGGAGCAACAACAGCUCAACAAAAAUGUGUAAUGAAUAUAUAUGCUUGUUGAUUGUACAUCUACUGCAUUUUUUAUUAAAUGUAAACAUGGAAGAUCUUAAAUGUUGUAAUCCUAAAUACACCUAUAUACUCUUUCCAUGGUGCUAUCUACAUGUAUGUGAAGAAAUUACUAUAAACUCAAACAUGUCAACUCUACUUUUUGGAAUAAUUUAGUUGUCUAACUCUUAUUAUUUUAUAGUUUUUUAAUUGCUUGAACUGUCUUCAAUUGUAAAAAAUGUCAAAUGUAGUUGUGUUGUUAAAUGAAUAUUGUAGAUGCAGAACGUUUUAACUUAAAAAUACACAUCAAUAUAAACUAUA